AUGUCGCCACCUCCGUCUGCUAUGAACCUGCCUUCCUCAUCGAGUUCAUAUGAGGCGACCUUUACUGCUCCCUCAAACCCGACGCCGCCAUUUUCGAGAGGAUCUACGAGCGCAACCCAACCAAUCAAACUUCCAAAUGUAGUACAAAAUCUUCAACAAUUGAAAAAUCAAAGCACGACCAACCUGGCAAUAGCUGCGCCCGCCGAACAGCGAGUCACGGCCAGAGAUACUGAGGAGGGUUUUGGGGCAUACUCACGCCCUUUGCAACAGAGUGCAAGCUCGCCAGUGCUAUCACCACCCUUAUCAGCACCUCCUACUGUGCCUAGGCUAGAGCCUGUCACCGCGACUCAGAUCAGCAAUGAAGUUUUAGGAUACACGCAAGAUGCCUCCCACACAACUCUGAGCCAACACAGCACUCACGACCCUCUGGGGACUCAGACAAGAAGAGGAGUGGCCAGUGAUGCCGGUGUUCCACCAAGUAACGCCAGUGGUGGGCAACACAGCCAAUCCAUCAUCACUACUAUAGCGACCGUCAAAGAAGGGAAGGAAAAGAAGAAGAGGACCCCAGAAGAGAAAGCGGAGAGGCAGGCGAAGAAAGAAGCAAAAGCGGCAAAGAAAGAAGCUAAAGUGAAGAGACAAGCCGAGAAAACGAAGCUGUUCCAGAAUGCACAGGCGAGGUCGCUCCAUAACGCGGCUACUCUCGCUAAAUCUCUCGAUAAUCAGGAUUAUUCAAAAUCGCAAGACGCACCGCACACGGCAAAUCGUGCUUCCCUUCCUAGUUCCCGGUCGGUCGUGCCAUCAAACCACCAGAUGGUCCCUAAGGGUCUUACCGAUUCAGUUCGAACAUCACCAAUUCCGCUGCCGCUGGAAGUCAAUUGCUUGGGUAUGGCCGAGACAAGCGCUUCGCAGGGUGCUCCACAGCGCAAAAUGCGUAAACGCGAUCAUUGUACUUCAGUCGAACCCAUUGAUCGCGCCCAAGAGCAAAAGACCAAAGAGCACACGUCCAAGACCUCUAUCGAAGGUUCAGAACGUUACCAGGAGCGUAACAUCAAGGAGCACAAGUCGAAAACCUCUCGUCGACCAGUGCCCACUAUGGUUACCCCAACACAUGCGACCCAACCGGACCCUGGGCCAGUAAGUCCUCCACAGGAACUCCAAUCGAAGCGGUCUCAAUUCAAUACAACUCAGCCCCAGGUCAUAAUAAUACAACAACCAUCGCCGCCUUCACACCACGUCCCCUUUGUAUCACCUCCUUCCCACCAAACACCAUAUGCGUCGAACGAGUACUCUUACUCGCGCGUGGAUAUGAGAUAUGAGCCGCAACACCAUCAGUCCGGCGAUCCGGAAUUCACCUUGAACACUUUGGUUAAGCCUACCUCCACUCGAGGGUCGUACACGUACCUUCCGCUUGCGCAGAAUGAUGUCGUUGCGACAGCGUACAGUCACGACUACGGUCAACAGGUAACGAGUGCUUCGCACCCCGCGAUGAUGAUUGGCCAUGAGGCAGAAGACGACAGGGAUGAUUCUUAUGGUUGCUGCUCGUGGUUGUACGGGGGCAGAGAGAGUGAGUAUCAGAUGGAAGAGGCGAAGGGCAAGCAAGCCAAGAGGCCCAAGAAACAGAAGGCAAAAGACGAGGAUGACGAUGAUGUGUGUGUGGUAAUGUGA